CGAACAAAAUGACGCCUAAUCCCCAUUUUCACUUGCGGUCGUUGCUGAGACACAACACAAAGAGAGAUCAAUGAGUGGGAUUUCGGCUCCGCUACCUUCCCUUUCUUCUCAACUGAAAAUGAAAGCUAACAUCUGUUGUUCUCCCUCUACUUCUGUUGCUUACUGCGUUUGUCCUCGACGCCCUUUUUAUUCCUCAGAUUCUGAAUUCAAGAGCAUUAGCCUCAGAACUGGGUUCCCCAAGCUCAGUUUACAGUGUCGCAGCAGCAGCAGAAGUUCUGGAGCUCCUGGGCCAGGUGAUAACGAUAACAGGACCCUUCUGGAUGCUUUUUUCUUAGGCAAGGCUCUGGCAGAAGUAAUUAAUCAACGCAUAGAAUCUACAGUUGGGGAGUUGUUGAGUGCAGUUGGCAAUCUGCAAGCUGUGCAACAAAAGCAAGUUCAAGAAUUCCAGGAGGAAGUGCUGGAGAGAGCUAAACAAGCCAAGGAGAAAGCAGCAGGGGAAGCCAUGGAAGCCCAAGAGCAUUUUACCAAUUCUACGACAACAGUGACAUCGGUAUCCAUUUCAUCUUCAUCAUCUGAUUCAACCUCCACAACAACAGGAUAGAAUCCAGCUGACAAAAAUCCUCUUAUUGGGAUGUUAAAUGAUGAUUUGGUUGUCCCUCUAUGGUUAUGUUAUUCAUCUGAUCCAUUCUAUUUGGAUUGGAGCAU